AUGUCAUCAUCUGGAAAUUCAGAAUCGACACAAUACCGACUGCCCGACCUUCUUCGAAAUUGGCCCUGGACUCGGCAUUUAAGUCCUCACUAUGCUAGGGCUAAAAAGGAGUCAAGUGCCUGGGUAGCCUCUUUCCGCCCGUUUAAAUCUAAGGGCCAAAAGGCAUUCGAUGCAUGCGACCUUAACUUCGUCCGUGCGGGAUGUGAUCUCAUGAACUUCUACUUUGUAUACGACGAAUACACCGACAUCGCGGACGCGUCAGUCGCCAAUGAAUUGGCUACAAUCGUUAUCGAAAAUAUGACGGAAGAUUCUCUUGACCAAGACGUGCCCUCAAGCUCCUCGACGCACAUCCUGGGACAAAUGACACGACAAUUUUGGAAGCGGGCCUCCACACUCGCCAAGCCAGGCUCGCCAUGCUUCGCCCACUUCAUCGCCACAUCUGAGCGUUACCUGCGCGCAGUCUCACUCGAAGCUGAAGACCGCGCUAUGCACCGCGUGCGCUCGUUCGACGACUACUUCAUCCUGCGUCGCGACACAUGUGGCGCGCGCCCAACAUUAGCGCUCAUCGAAUUCGGCCUGGAUCUUCCCGAAGAAGUCACGUCGGACCCUGUUAUACAGGCGCUUACCCAGGACGCGGUGGAUCUGAUCAUUCUCGUCAAUGACAUGCACUCGUACAUCCGCGAAAUAUCGUGCGGCCUCGCGGACCACAACGUCCUCACGCCCAUCAUGCGGGACUACAACCUUGACCUACAAUCCGCCCUCAAUUGGAUGGACACUUACACCUCCCGAGUUAUUGAGCGCUUCCUCUCCAACCAGGCCCGUAUGCCCUCAUGGGGUCCGGAUAUCGACGCGCGUGUGAGGAUGUACAUCGACGGGCUGGGCCAGUGGGUCAGGGGGAACGACGACUGGAGCUGCGAGGGAAAGCGGUAUCAUGGGAGUGAUGGUCUGGUCAUUAGGGACACGCGGAUGGUCACUAUCUGUCCGAGAAAGGCGAACUAUAUUCAGGAGGACGAGAGUACGGAUAUGGGCGCUACCACGGCUCCUGGUUCUAAGUCAAAAAAACUCGGCGGUACAUCUUCCAGAACCAAGUUGGAUAGGAUUCGCAUGGAGAUCCAGAGCUGGUGGUAUAUCAACUUGGUACAAGGACUGUUGUUCAAGAAUAUGGCGAGGAAGUUCCUGGCAUGGAAGAUAUAA